CAACACUUCUCAUCAGACAUCAUUCAACACACUCGAUCAACACACCACACAAUGGCAUUCAAGUUUGUGGUACUCGCUUGCUUCGUAGCGGCCGCUAGCGCGGGGGUAGUCCCCGUCGGCCCGGCCUACCACGCCGCUCCUUUGGCCUACGCCGCCGCACCAGCUUACCACGCCGGUCCCGUCGCUUACGCUGCCCCCGUCGCCAAAGCCGUCGAAGAGUACGAUGCGCACCCACAAUACAGCUUCGCCUAUGACGUGCAGGACGGUUUAACCGGAGACUCCAAGACCCAGCACGAAACCCGCGAUGGUGAUGUCGUACAGGGCUCCUACUCCGUGGUUGACCCCGAUGGCACCAAGCGCACUGUCGAGUACACCGCUGACCCGCACAACGGAUUCAACGCAGUGGUUCACCGCGAGCCUGUUGCCGUGAAGGUUGCCGCUCCUGUAGUAGCCAAGGUCGCCGCCCCCGUGGCCUACCACGCUGCCCCCGUCGUACACGCCGCUCCCGUGGCCAAGCUCGCAUACGCCGCCGCCCCCGUAGUGCACGCCGCCCCGGUUGCCAAGCUCGCCGCUCCAGUCGCCUACCACUCUGCCCCCGUCUACCACGCCGCUCCCGCCGCAUACUCUGCCCCUCUGUACCACCACUAAGCGAUAGCGAUGCCAAAACGUAGAAUUAAGUUUUAUACAUUAGCUGAUACUACGCUUAAAGUGUGAUUUACGAUAGAAAAUAUAAUUACAUUUUUAUUUUCUA